AUGAUGCCUGUCUCACGCCUGACUGGGAGUCUGAUACCAGCCAUGGCCUUCCUAGCCUACCUGAGACCUGAGAGCUGGGACCCCUGCACGGAGGUGGUUCCUAAUAUUACUUACCAAUGUAUGGAGGUGAAUCUCUACAAAAUCCCUGACAACAUCCCCUCAACAACUGAGAAUCUGGACCUGAGCUUUAAUCCCUUGAGACACUUAGGCAGCCAUAGCUUCUCCAACUUCCCAGAACUUCGUGUGCUGGAUUUAUCCAGGUGUGAAAUUCAAAGAAUUGAAGAUGAUGCAUAUCAGGGACUAAUCCACCUCUCCACCUUGAUAUUGACGGGAAACCCUAUCCAGUACUUAGCUCUUGGAGCCUUUUCUGGACUAUCAAGUUUACAGAAGUUAGUGGCUGUGGAGAUAAACCUUGUCUCUCUAGAAGACUUCCCCAUUGGACAUCUUAAGACCUUGAAGAAGUUAGUUAUAGCUCAUAAUUUUAUCUGUUCCAUCAAAUUACCUGAAUAUUUUUCUAACUUAUCUAACCUGGAACACUUGGACCUUUCAAAUAACCAGAUCCAAUAUAUUUAUCAUAAAGACUUAGUGGUUCUACAUCAAAUUCCUCUGCUGAAUCUCUCUCUAGACCUUUCUCUGAACAUGAUAGACUUUAUCCAACCAGGUGCCUUCAAAGAAAUUAGGCUCCAUGAACUGAUUUUGAGAAGUAAUUUUGGUAGUAUAAAUGUAAUGAAAAUGUGUAUUCAAGCUCUGGCUGGUUUAGAAGUCCAUCAGUUGGUCCUGGGAGAAUUUAAAAAUGAAAGAAAUUUGGACAGGUUUGAAGUCUCUGCCUUCGAGGGACUAUGCAAUUUGACCAUUAAAGAAUUCCGGAUAGCCUACUUGGAUAAAUUCUCCUGGAAAAAUAAUGGUGCACUUAAUUGCUUGGCAAAUGUUUCUGCAGUUUCUCUGGUGAAUCUGGACCUAGACGACUUAGAAGAACUUCCUAAGGAUUUCAGAUGGCAAUCCUUAAAAUUGAUUAGCUGUAAAUUUCAACAAGUUCCCAAAUUAGCACUUGCCUCUUUGAAAACGGUAGUUUUCAUUGCCAAUAAAGUUAUUAACACUUAUAUAAAGUUUACACUACCAAGCCUUGAAUUUCUAGAUCUCAGAAACAAUGGUUUGAGUUUAAGAACGUGCUGUUCUCAGGCUAACUUGGGGACAAACAGGCUGAAGUAUUUAGAUCUGAGCUACAAUGACAUUAUUACCAUGACUUCAAACUUUGUGAACUUGGAACAACUAGAACAUCUGGAUUUCCAGUAUUCUACCUUGAAGCAGGUCAGUGAUUUUUCAGUAUUCUUAUCACUCAAAAAGCUCCUAUACCUUGACAUCUCUUAUACGAACACCAAAGUCAUCUUCAAUGGCAUCUUUCAUGGAUUGCAUAGUCUCAAAGUCUUGAAAAUGGCUGGCAAUUCUUUUUUGAACAAUACCCUUCCAAAUAUUUUCACAGAAAUGACCAACCUGACUUUCUUGGAUCUCUCUACAUGCAAAUUGGAAAAGGUGUCCCAGGGAGCUUUUAGCUCACUCUGUAAAAUUCAAGUGAUAAACAUGAGUUAUAAUCAUUUCCUGUUAUUGGAUAUCCUUCACUAUAAAAAUCUCCACUCCCUCCAGGUUCUCGACUACAGUUUCAAUAGUAAAAUGGCCCCCAAGGUGCAAGAACUACAGCAUCUUCCAAGUAACCUAAUGCUCUUAAAUUUUACCCAGAAUGGCUUUGCUUGUACUUGUGAAUACCAGGAGUUCCUACAGUGGAUCAAGGACCAGAGGCAGCGCUUGGUGAAAGUUGAGCAAAUGGUGUGUGCAACCCCUCCAGAUUUACGGGGCAUGCCUGUGUUGAGUUUUACAAAUAGCACCUGCCAGAUGAACAAGACAAUCAUCGGUGUAACAGUCCUUAUUGUGUUCAUUGUAUCUGUGGUACUAGUUCUGGUGUAUAAAUUCUAUUUCCAUCUGAUGCUUCUUGCUGGCUGCAAAAGCUUUGGUAGAGGUGAAUGCACCUAUGAUGCCUUUGUAAUCUACUCUAGCCAAGAUGAGGACUGGGUGAGGAAUGAGCUGGUCAAGAAUCUGGAAGAUGGUGUGCCGCCCUUUAAGCUCUGCCUCCAUUACAGAGAUUUUAUCCCCGGCGUGGCCAUUUCUGCCAACAUCAUCCAGGAAGGUUUUCACAAAAGCCGCAAGGUGAUUGUGGUGAUGUCACAGCACUUCAUCCGCAGCCGCUGGUGCAUUUUUGAGUAUGAGAUUGCCCAGACCUGGCAGUUUCUGAGCAGUUGCUCUGGUAUCAUCUUCAUCAUCCUAGAGAAAGUGGAGAAAUCCCUACUCAGGCAGCAGGUGGAGCUGUAUCGCCUUCUGAACCGGAACACCUACUUGGAGUGGGAGGAAAAUGUCCUGGGGCAGCAUAUUUUCUGGAGACGACUCCGAAAAGCCCUACUGUCCGGUAAACCAUGGAGUCCAGAAGGAACUGCAGAAGCAGAGAACAGCCAGCCUGAAGCAACAGCAUUUAUCUGA